AGAGGCCUUAUCGUCACCCUGAGGUUAACGCAGCGCAAUAGUAAACGAAAUCGUUCUUUUUGGCCUCUUCGCCCUGUUGAAACGUCCACUUUUUCGAAUCCUUCGAAUUCAAAAUGUUUUCGCGCGCUUUUUCAACCGCCAACCACCUGUUGAACAACCGGAAUCUGCAAAGACUCGCUGUGACCCAGUUAAGGAAAAUGAGUCAACAAGUGCUGCAUUCAAACGUUUGGGACUCCGAUCCCGAACUUUUUGCCCUCAUUCAGGAGGAAAAAAAGCGACAAUUGACCGGUUUGGAAAUGAUUGCGUCGGAAAAUUUCACCUCACUGCCUGUAUUACAAUGUUUGAGCACUUGCCUGCAUAAUAAGUAUUCGGAAGGUUUGCCUGGACAAAGGUAUUAUGGGGGCAACCAAUUUAUCGAUCAGAUCGAACGUUUAGCUCAAAAGCGGGCCUUGGAAGCUUACAGACUAAAUCCAGAAGAAUGGGGUGUGAAUGUGCAGCCCUAUUCUGGGUCACCUGCCAAUUUUGCCGUCUACACAGGAUUGGUUGAGGCGCACGGACGUAUUAUGGGGUUGGAUUUGCCUGAUGGGGGCCAUUUGACUCAUGGAUUCUUCACUGCGACUAAGAAAAUCUCAGCUACCUCCAUAUUCUUCGAAUCGCUGCCAUAUAAGGUCGAUGUCGAAACCGGCCUCAUCGACUACGAGCAGCUCGCCAAAACUGCCCGUCUAUUCAAACCCCGUAUUAUUAUCGCCGGUAUCAGUUGCUACUCCCGUCCUCUGGACUACAAACGUUUCCGCGAGAUUUGCAACGAAGUCGGUGCCUACCUCAUGGCCGACAUGGCCCACAUUUCCGGUUUAGUUGCUGCCGGCGUCACCCCAAGUCCCUUCGAAUACGCCGACGUCGUCAGCACCACCACGCACAAGAGUUUGCGAGGACCUCGAGCCGGUGUCAUCUUCUUCCGAAAAGGCGUGCGGUCGCAUAACGCUAAAGGCGAACCCAUUAUGUAUGAUCUUGAAUCGAAGAUCAACCAAGCUGUCUUUCCCGGUCUCCAAGGGGGCCCCCACAAUAACACCAUCGCUGCCAUUGCCACCACCAUGAAACAGGCCACCACGCCAGAAUUUGUUGAGUAUCAGAAGCAGAUUAUUGCGAAUGCGAAACGACUCUGUAAGGGGUUGCAGGACAAGGGAUACAAGAUUGCCACCGGUGGAACCGAUGUGCACCUGUUGCUGGUCGAUUUGAGAAAUGUAGGACUUACGGGGGCCAAGGCUGAGUUUAUCCUUGAAGAAGUUUCAAUUGCGUGUAAUAAAAAUACAGUUCCUGGAGAUAAAAGCGCAUUGAAUCCAUCAGGGAUUAGGUUGGGAACGCCGGCUUUGACCACAAGAGGGCUUGUGGAGAAAGAUAUGGAUCAAGUUGUGGAGUUUAUUGAUAAAGCGUUGAAAUUGGCAAAAGAAAUUGGAACCAAAUCAGGGCCUAAAUUGGUGGAUUUCAAAAAGACGAUUGAAUGUGACGAGGAAACUAAAAAGAAGGUGGCGGAUUUGAGAGCUCAAGUUGAAGAGUAUAGCUGUAAAUUCCCCAUGCCUGGAUAUCCCGAAUAUUGACGAUUUAAUUAUUUUUUUGUUUGAUAUAUACGUUUUAUGUAUAAAUUAUUAAUCCAAAUUUAUUUUAAAUAAAAUUAUUUUCAAAUA